AUGGUCAGGAACCAUAGUUCUAACCUUGCUUUUUUUGAUGUUAAGCUUAAAUCAAACCACAAAGACUUGAUUCUUAUUAAGGGUAAUGAAUCAGAAUGUGAUUCUAUUCCAUUUGAAGGCUCUGUAAAACUCUCUAUAAAUGAAGAUAUGCAUGUGAGACGAAUUAAACUCAAUUUGAUAUCUGAGUUCAACAUUGAGUUCGUUCAAAGAUCUAACGGAUACAUAGUGAACCUGGUUGUCGAAAGACUAUGUGCUUUGAAAGUGACCUGGAGUAAUUUGUUGACUUCUCCCGACGGAUGCAUAAAAUUCGGUGAUUAUGGCGAUAAAUACAUUAAAUAUCAAAAGCUAGGUUCUCUAAAGAAAUCCAAAGAAGCAAGUUCUCCAGCAAGUGAGAGACCAUCUUAUCUGAGAACUAAAUCUCAACCUUCGUUGGAUGGCAUAUCGAGCUCUUUGAUAAGGCUUCCCAAGAGUGGAAUUGAUGGAACUCCUUUUAAGGGCCAGAAAUCAUCGCCCCUUCACUCAUAUUUAUUACCUAAAGGAAACUAUAAUUUACCUUUCAAGAUAUAUCUACCUGCAAACAUACCUGAGACGGUAGAAGGCUUGAAAUGUAGCCAGUUACUAUAUAAGGUGACAUGCACUAUAGAAAGGGGUCGUUUUGAAAAGGCAAUUCAAAAGUCAAAGCAUAUAAGAAUCGUAAGAACAUUGCACCCAAGAAACUUGAAUUUAACCGAUAGCAUCGAUGUGAAUAAUUCUUGGGCAGGGAAGCUUCAGUAUAAUGUGUCUAUCCCAAAAAAAGGGCUUCCCAUUGGAGCAACAGUUCCUAUUAAUAUAUUAAUCGUUCCUAUAGCUAAAGGAUUGACGCUCAAAGGCUUGACUGGAUCAAUAGUGCAGAAUUAUCGCUUGGCGUAUAAUGAAGGCGUACUUUCCGAAUUUGAACAAGUGGGAAAACAGAACAUGCCAUUCCUGGAGCCAGAAUCUGUAGAUGAAUGGCAUGUCAAAACAUUUUUUAAGGUACCAGAGCGUCUUUCUGAAAUUACUCAAUCUUGUGAUCUCAAAGAUAACAUUUUGCAAGUUAGACAUAGAUUGAGAAUUGCAAUACAAUUAAAGAACAAAGAAGGACAUAUAAGUGAAGUUAGAGCAAACCUUCCCGUAUGUAUAUACUUGAGUGCAAAUGCAGGGCACGUCAUUGGAAAGCAUUAUGAGGUUGAGCCUCAUAAUGGAUAUUUUAUUCCAGAUAGUUCGAAGGAGGAUGUCUUGUUUAAAAAAGAUAAGAGAGAAAGCAAUUCAAUUCCGCAAAGUCCAGAAGAAGAAAUUGAGGAAUUUGAGGUAAACGAUAUGGACAGAGACGAUGACGCUCCGCCUGUCUACAACCAGCAUUACUUAGAUAAAGUUUAUGAUAUGUCGCUGCCUCAAAUGUACGGGGAUUUUAGAAGUCCCAGCAAUCCGUCUUCCCCAACAGGUUCAAAUCCUUCGACGCCAAAUAUUUCAGGUUAUUUUAAUUUGGAUGUCACUAAAUUGAAGCCAGUUGAUCGGGAUGCGAGACCCAGAACUCCAAGUUUACCUCUCCUGAAUAAGGUACCUUCUUACGAAGAGGCAAUUGAUGAAGAUGAUGAUGUAGCUCCAGACUUGGCUCCUACCUAUAGCAACAAUGCUUCGAAGGAGAAAGAUUCAAAUAUAAUCUUGUCCAUCCCUAAGGCAAAGAGUGCUCACUUCAUAAGCCAGAGACCACUAUUGGCUAAGAGCUUUUCUCCAAACGCUUUCGGUCGAAAUCAUCCGCCGUCGCUGGCCACCUCUCUAGCUUCAGAUGGAAGUCCUGGUGCUUCUAGACAUUUAUCUGCACAUUCAAGGUCAUCAUCAACACACUUUAAGAUAGGAAGCAUUCCCUUAAAAGUUAGUAAGAAAAAAGAAUAA